GUGGUUGGUUUCGACUGCUUGGUCUCCCCUGGUUACUCCGUGCAGGCAAAGCAUCACCGAAGCCUUAGACUGUCAUACUACUUCCCACUCAUCCCGGCGUCGCAGAAGGUCCAAACCUCGUUGCAUGCGACAAAUGGCUGAUGCCCUCAUGAGCGGGAGCGCCGCGUGGACGGGAGGAGCCGAGUUCGAAGGCGAGUACAAAGAACGCAUCGACAAGUUCGUCGCCAACAUCAACCACGACGCUCUGCUGGCGUAUGCCUCAGGACUUCGGGGAGGCCGGCCGUGCGCCUUGUCUCAGGAGUUCUCCGUAGGCAGCUUCAACCUCGUGCGCAAGAUCGAAUUCGACGACGGCCUAGCAUGGAUCGCAAGGCUGCGGAUGCCCGCCCUCCCGGGGGAACCAAGCGGAGCCGCCGGUCCCCACCCCAGUGAGCGGAUUCGCUUGGAGAUGCAGUCCGAGCUGGAUACUAUGGAGUUCAUUCGGUAAGGACGUCGGAUGAGAUGGUCAGUUUCGCCAGCACUCACCACUCUCUCUGGCCUUUACAGCCAGAAAACCAACAUCCCCGUACCCCGUGUCUACGCGUACGAUCUGGACCACCACAACACCGUUGGCUCCCCGUUCUCGAUCCUCGAAUAUUUCCACGGUAACACCGCAGAGGAAGUGUCCGCGAGUUAUCCCGGCGACCAUGAAGGGAUCCCGGCGCAGUUCCAAGAAAAGUUUUGGCGCCAAGUCGCAACCAUCAUGACCCAGCUUGCCGCAAUCCGUUUGCCAAAGAUCGGCUCGAUCUUUCGAGACGGAGCCAACUCCUUCGUUGUUGGACCGCUGGUCGAGACCGGUACAGGCCCAUACGAUUCUGCCGCUGAGUUCUAUGCAGACUAUCCGCUGGCGCUGAGGAAGAGCUUUGGUGAGAAAGUUGUGGCUGGAGAUGAGGAACUGGUACAGGCUUUCCGGUCCGUUGCCGCCUCCUUCCAGCGCCCUUCAGCGAGCGAUGGGGAUGGCCCGAUCGAGGGAUUUGGCCUUGCCAACUACGACCUCAACCCGAACAACAUCCUUGUCGAUCGAGAGUUCAAUGUCCUGGCUGUCAUUGAUUGGGACACCGUCGUCGCGGUCCCUGACGCGGCCCUCUAUCGCUUCCCUUUCCUGAUGGGUGUCGGCUGUGCCGUUCCGGGGGUCGUGGACACCCACCCUGCAGUCUUGAAGCGGCAGGAACUGGGGCUCCGCUUUGCCGAGGUCGUCGAGACUGUAGGACGGGAGCAUAAUAGCAGCGGCCGGGGAGACGAUGGAGGGCAUGCUGCCUAUUGCCAAUUCACCAAAAUCGGAUUCUUUUCCAAGGAGGCACUGGCAUUCCGCUCACUGGUCUAUCUCAAAAUGAGGCAGGAUUGGGUCAACCAGGAGUGGGUGCAGGCGCUGAAGUGGCUGAGCGAGCGCGACGAGACGGACAUAGCACAUUUCUAUCUAUGUUCAACACUGACGUCAAGCGAUAAUUGUAGUGUUCAUGGCGGGCGGACAAUCAAUCAAAUUCAAUGAUAACUCUUUCAAGUCGACUGGCGAGAAUGAGGGCUGGCCC